AAGAAAAAGUGGUGGAUAACACUUAAUGAAUAUUGACUAAAAUGAGUUAAUAGACUUCUUUUCUUCAAAAAUGCAUAUCAAUUCAAGUUCUCUUAUCCUGUCAACUUCUCCAGGUUAUCAGUAAUACUAUUUUAAAAUCAAGUUUCCUUGGAGUGGUCUCUUGGCACUCAGAAAGCGAAAGGUUGAGAGCUAUGUGUUUUUAAUUCGUAUUCCAGAAACAAUUCCGUUCCAAGCUGAUAGGAUGGUAUGUAUAGUGUGCUGUGGAGAGGGGUAUCUUAGCAAGCCCUGAAAACUGGGUGGCGUCUAAUUUAUACCUCUCGCCAGCAACAGACAAACAGCACAGGACUAAGUCGUGGAAAAGCAACGAGCGGUCUGCUAAUGCAGCGCGAGCUGUAGCCCGGGAAGUUUACUGACACUGCUGGGUGGCGGCAACGUGGGUGAGGCGGCUCUCGGGAUUUCCUACGUCCCGCUGUGCAGGGACGGACAAAGAUGGUACGCUGGAGGAGCUCCUUUUGUUGUAUUCUGCUGCUAAGCAGUAUUGCGGGCUCACAGGAAUUUGAUGAAUGUGAUGAACCUCCAAGGUCACAAAGUGCAAAACUGGAAGAGAUUUCUCAGAAUAAUUUUCCAAUAAACACCGUACUAACAUACAGCUGUCGACCUGGUUAUAAAGCAGUUCCUGGAAUAAGUAACUCUAUUACCUGCCAGGAAAAUUUAAGUUGGAGCAUUUUACAGGAAUUUUGUAAACCUCAUGACUGUGGUACUGUACCAGACUUGCCAAAUGGAAAGAUCAACUAUCCCAGUGGUUUUACGACUUUUAGUUCUGAAGCUAUAAUGUCUUGCAAUGAAGGAUACCGACUAAAUGGGAGAACCAAAAGAACCUGCUUAUCUGAUGGCUGGGACAAUGGAAAUCCCACAUGUGUGCCUGUUAUGUGCCCUAAAGCUGAAGUAAAAGAUGGUCAGACAGUGUAUGAGAAUGGACCCGAGAACCAGUUUAAUACUUCUGUUUCAAUUAAGUGUAAUGAAGGGUUCACACUCAGAGGCAGUUUAGUUGCGGCAUGUAACAAGGACGGACAGUGGGAUCCUCCACUUCCUAACUGUGAAGUUAUUACGUGCCCAAAACCUGCAGUUAAACAUGGGCUGAAGAUAAAUCAGACUGGACCUGAUAACCAGCUGAAUACUUCAGUCACAUUUGAGUGCAAUGAAGGUUUUACAUUAAGAGACAGUUCCAUUGCAAUGUGUAACAAAUAUGGACUCUGGGAUCCUCCACUCCCUACAUGUGAAAGUGAGAGCAGUAUUAUAUUUAUGGCAUGA